ACAACAUUUUGGGGGGAUUUUAUCUAACCCUAACACACUUCUCUUAACCUGCUACGUUACUUCAACUAACCUGCUAGUAGCAGGCUGCUACGCAAAGUAUAUUUUGACAUAAACUGUCUAAUUUCUAGACAAAACCCUCGCUGCUUACUGUGAACCUUGUUAUCCCGACCAUCUUGAACAUGCGCAGAAAAAGCUCAAAUCUGACGUUUGAGGAAGUUAGCUGCUAGCAACAAGCUAACUUCAAAACAACAUGUUGUGGAGCACACAGCAGGCAUUGAAAUGGUUCCAUCAAAUCUUGGGGAAGAAAUGUCUACUGAAGUAACGUUGCCACCUGAGUGGGAGGACGAUGAACGGAUGAAUUUCCUAUUCUCCGACUUCAAAGAAAACCGAGAUGUCAACACAAAAGAUUGGGACAGUAAAAUUGAUUUCUGGACAUCACUCAUUCUUAAAAUCUGCCGAAGUCGCGGAACCGUCUGUUUUAAUUUGCAAGAGUUGAACAAGAUUUUUCAGAGAAAAGGAUUUGUACCUUUGGGUUUGGGUACUGUCAUUCGGUGCAUGGCUAGGUGCGGCAAGAUACAAAGAGAGUCAGAGUUUGCAGCAAAUGUGGACUGUGGGUGGGUGUCUUGGGGUUUUGGCCUGUUGCUGGUGAAGCCUUUAAAAUGGACAUUUUCAACUCUUCUGGGUAGCAGUGGGGUUACUUUGGAGGAGUCGUUUGUUGUCAUUGAACUGGUAAAGGAAAAGGCAGCAGAAUUGCUUGGUGUCUACUGGAGUUCCCCAGUGGCCAACUGCUCUCUCCUGUCCUUCCAGGAGCUCCAGACACUGUCGUCCCAUAUCUGUAUUGAUGAGAGUACCCUGUGUAUGGCUCUGCUACAGCUGCAGAGGGAGAAGCAGGUCACAGUAUCACUGCAUGAAGGCGAGAAGAUUGUUAAGUUUUCUCAGCCGGGACAGGACCGUGUAUCUUCAGUCAGUGAUGUGGACCUAGGCAUCUAUCAGCUACAGCGCAGUGAGAGACUGCUUGAAGUGCGGGUGGAGGCAUUGGGUCUAGAGGCAGAGAAGUGCAAAGAAGAAGCUAGGGUGUUGCUACGCGAAGGGAAGAAAUCUCAGGCCCUGAGGUAUUUGAGAAGCCGAAAGAGAGUUGAGAGGAAAGCAGACGGCUUAAAUGCCCAGCUGGAGAAUGUGAAGGGAAUCUUGGACAGGAUAGCAAACUCAGAGACAGACAAACUGGUGAUACAGGCAUAUCAGGCUGGAGUGUCAGCCCUGCGACUCUCUCUGAAGGAUGGGACUGUAGAAGGAGCUGAGAGCCUUGUGGAUCAAAUCCAAGAGUUGUGUGACACUCAGGAUGAAAUGAACCAAACUCUGGCUGGUGGAGCGCUCAACUCAACGGAUGCCGACACAGACGAGCUGGAGGAUGAGCUGAGAUCUUUAUUGGAGAACUCUACUCUGGAUAGGCCUUCCACACUUCCUGAAGUACCGUCACACCCUCUUUCACCUGUCAGGGAAUCUGGUUCCCUUUGUGAUGAUCUGCUGUGUGGUUUGCCCUUAGUCCCUCAAAGCCUCUUCAAUAUCACAGAUGAGGAACUGGACAAAGAGCUGAGCCGUCUAACACUUGCAGAUACAUGUCUUCAACAAAAAGAUUGUACCGCGCCAGUGAAGAGGGCUGAGUCUGCACAGUGACAACACUAAUAAAAGAACUGCAAUAUUACCUGGACCCUCAGUGUUUGGGCACAGUGAUAAAAAAGUGUGAUCUGUCUUUUGUAACAUGCUUAUUGAUGUCUCUGAUCACUGUCAUACACUUUUAAAAUGUAUUUAUAAGUGACAUUUUUGAAGUUUAUUUAUCAUUUACUCUAAUAAAGAUAUCGGUAACAAUUAU